UCUCCAUCUCCAAAAAUUUAAUGCUCAUUGGACUCGGUGCAUGCAAGUUUGAAAUAAUAUAUUUUAAGAAUUUAAGAGGUUUCCAUAUACGACGUUUAUGGGGUCUUGAAUGAAAAGACACACAGGUUUAAGGUACGAUAUAUAGUAAUUGUUGUCCUAGUAAAACAAGAAUUUCCAGGCUAGCUAGAUCAGAUGUGUUAGUUGUGCAUAGGAGAGGCCGAGGAGGGUACGGUACGGUGGUUACGUUGCGAGCUGAGGAUCGGAAGAAAUUAAAGAUGCCGGCGGUUUGGUUAUCUUUGAAGAAAUCGUUGCAGUGCAGAUCAGAGCCGGCGGAGGUGCAUGAUCCGAGCUUGGGCGACGACAAGAAUCUGAGCAAGAAGAUUUCGAUUGGUACGAGGAGCUCAAGGAAGACGGCGACGGUUAGGUCUGGGUGUUCGAGGUCCAUUGCGAAUCUUAGAGAUGUGGUGAUUCAUGGAAGCCGGAGGUACAAUAAUGGGGAGACGACGCCGUACUUGCAGAGCCCGAGAUCUAUUGGGAGUAAUGAGCUCUUGAAUCCGAUUACCCACGAGGUGGUUCUCAAUAACUCCACCUGUGAACUCAAGAUUACGAGCUAUUCUUUUCAGGACGGCGGCGGUGGCGCCGCCGGAGCUGGUGGUGGUUGGCCCUUUGUACAGUGUACCCUUAAGCCAGGGACUCCGGGCCCUGGGAGACAGUACAGGAAGCCUGGAGGGGUAGGUGGUAGUAGUCCUACAGUUAAAGGGUCAACUGGUAGCCUUUCAAGAAGAGUAGGGGCUGCAGGAUUUAGUGGCAUUGUUCCUAGCAGGCCAAAAGCCAGUAAUGGCGGCCCAGAAUUCUAUGGCUUUAAGGAAUUGACCUGCCCUAAAUGUGGUGAACACUUCUCAAAAUGGGAUGCUGUUGAAUCACACCAUCUCUCCAAACAUGCAGUUACACAGCUUGUUGAAGGAGAUUCUUCAAGGAACAUUGUGGAGAUGAUCUGCAGAAGUAGCUGGACAUCAUCAAAGCCAGAUAAGAACAACAACAACAACAAUGGUAAUGGGAUGGAGAGGAUCUUGAAGGUGCACAACAUGCAGAAAACGCUGGCAAGAUUCGAGGAGUAUCGCGAAACCGUGAAGAUCAAAGCCAGCAAACUAGCCAAGAAACACGCGCGCUGUCUGGCCGACGGGAACGAGUUACUAAGGUUCCACGGCACCACAGUGGAGUGCUCCCUGGGCAAGAACAGCUCCUCCAGCCUCUGCAACUCCGAAAAGUGCCAAGUUUGCCAGAUUCUGAGGCACGGGUUCAGAGUGAAGAAGGGUGGGGUUGGGGUUUUCACGGCUUCAACAAGCAGGAGAGCGCUUGAAGCCAUUGAAAUGAAGGGUGGAAUGAAGAAAGCUCUGAUAGUUUGCAGAGUUAUUGCUGGCAGGGUGCAUAAGCCGGUGGAGAAUUUGCAGGAACUGAGUGGGUUUGAUUCGUUAGCUGGUAAAUUUGGCCUCCAUUCAAGUGUUGAAGAGCUCUUUUUGCUCAAUCCUAGAGCUUUGCUCCCUUGCUUUGUGGUAAUCUGCAGACCAUAAAAGUCAUGUGGUUAUUGUUACUGCUUCUGUAAUUGUAGGAGCCUUUUUGAAAUGUGAAUGUGAAAAAUAGGAAUGGGGAAUGGGGUUAUGGUUUUGACAGUCUUCUUGGUCAAAACAAUAACGCCAUUACUUUUUUUUUUUUUAAAUAAAAUUUAAUAC